AUGAUUGAAUGGGACCACGAUGCAGGAUCUUACGUUCGCUUGAUCAUUCAGCGCAUUAUGUUCUUACCAACAUAUAAACCUCGGCAUUGGAAAUGGUCUUACCUGCGAAGUCGAGUCGAAUCAGGCCAUCGUUAUUAUAUGCGCUGUGUUUACAAGUGCAUUCUAAAGUUGUCCUACUAUCGCGUCUUCUCAAUUACACCAGGAAGCGGGCCUAGCAUUCUCCAUAUUCGGCCAUGGCUUCGUCGCAUCGAAGAUCUCUGA